AUGGCGUCGGAUCACGAGAUUCCGCUCCUCCCGUCCCCGUCAUCCCGCCACUCCCCGUCCUCGCGCGCGCAUCCCACAAACAUCGCGGGAGACUCGAGCCGCAAUUCCCGCGUCCGCUGGCACACCGCGUGGGUGUCGUUUACCUUAGUCGCCGCGCUGCUCCUUCUCUCGCUCGAGCUCGAAAUCCUCCCCCUGCCUUCGUUCCACUCGCGUUCGUACACGUCUGAGUCCGACGUGGCCCACUCUCAGCCACGUGGACCCGCCGCGGAACCGAGCAGUCUAAAAUCAGAGUUUGGUCCAUACGCUAAUUUCGUUCCUUCCGGUCGUUUUCGUGAAGGGGAGAGUGCUUAUAACGAAGGCUGGAAGAACGCGGAGGAAUGGCGCAAGCGGGUUGCGCAGCUUCCCCGGCUGCGCGCGGAGCAGAGGCGAGCGCGGAAGGCGCAAAGGCAUGCGGGGAAACCGCCUGGCGAUGGCGCAGGGGGGAGCGGAGGGGGAGGCGUUGGGUUGCGCCUGUGGCCCAUGCCGGCGGAAAUUGCGGCGGAAGGAAGCGGAGAGGUAGUAGUCAGCCCGGACCUGAGGCUCGACAUUAGCUUCGGCGGAGUGCCGAGCCUGCUGGACGGGAGAAGGCGGGAGGAGAAUGCGGAGGUGCUGCAACGCGCGUUCGAGCGUUACCUUGGGAUCAUCUUCGCCCAUGACUACUCGCGGCGGCGCGGCGGGCAGAGCCAUGGCGGCUCGGAGAGGAGGCGGCUGAGGGGAAGAAACGCGGCGGAAGGGGGAUGGACGGCGGAAGGGGGAGGAGACGAGGCGGGAUGGAAUGGGGAAAAAACGGGGGGAAAGGAGGAAGAGGAGAGUGCAGCGAAGGGGGAGGGAGGGGAGGUGGAGGAGGGGGAGGGGGUAGAGGUGAUGGAGUGGGUGCGAGUGCAUGUGGAAGACGCAGAGGCAGAGCUGCAUAUGGGAGUGGACGAGAGCUACGUGCUAUGUAUCCCACACGCAUCGACUCCACCACAUGAUGAUGCUGCCGCUGCCACUGCUGCUGCUCAUGACGUUGACGAUGGCAACCCAACUGCACGCCGUGGGAAUGCGAGCAGCACUCAUGCCACCAUUCGGGCCAACACCACCACCGGAGUAUUGCGAGCAUUGGAGACCCUGGCCCAGCUGUGUGUGUUUGACUUCGUGGCUCGCGUGGUCACCAUAAGGGGCUCGCCUCUCCUCAUCCGCGAUGCCCCCCGCUUCCACCACCGUGGCCUGCUCAUAGACACGGCGAGGCACUUCCUGCCAGUACCAGUGAUGGAGAGGGUUAUUGACUCCAUGGCCUAUGCCAAGCUCAACGUGCUGCACUGGCACAUGGUGGACACACAGUCCUUCCCCAUCGAGACGCCCUCCUUCCCUCGCCUCUGGCUGGGAGCCUUCUCUCCCACCGAGCGCUACACCACUGACGACAUGCGUUACAUCGUGCAAUACGCAGAGGAGAGGGGGGUGAUUGUGGUACCUGAACUCGACUCACCUGCACACGCUGCCUCAUGGGGGGUGGGCUAUCCAUCGCUACUGCCAUCUGCUGCCUGCCCCGAGCCUCUCGAUGUGUCCAACCCUUUCACCUUCCAGCUCAUCAAAGGGGUGCUGCAAGACCUCCGUGCAGUCUUCAAAAGCUCCCACAUUCACCUGGGGGGAGACGAAGUCAGCUUUGAGUGCUGGAGUUCAUCUCCCACCAUAAGUGCAUGGCUGCAGCAGCGCAAUCUGACAGCAGAGGGCGCUUAUGGGUACUUUGUAAAGCGUGUGCAGGCCUUGGCCUUGGAGGCUGGAUGGAAGACUGCUGUCGUGUGGGAGGAGCCCUUCAAGGUGUUUGGAAAAGACCUGGAUCCAGCCACUACCAUCGUGCAGAACUGGUUUGACACGGCUCUGCCGCCUGCAAUCGUGCAGUCUGGAUUCCGCAUGAUCUUCAGCAAUCUCAACCUCGGCUGGUACCUUGACUUCAUUGACCGCACUUGGAGUGAGGUGUAUUCUCAGGAGCCCACAGCAGGGGUGCCAGAGGCGCUGCAGCACCUGGUGGUGGGCGGGGAGACGUGCAUGUGGGGGGAGAGGGUCGACCCAUCAGACCUGCUCAACACUGUGUGGCCUCGUGCUGCCGCUGCUGCUGGUGAGAUGAUGGCUGGUGAGCGCACACGCGCCUGCACAUGUUCCGCUGCCUACUCACAUCCCUCUCUCCCUAUCCCUCUCACUUUCUACCCAGAACGCCUCUGGUCGACGCGGGCAUAUGUGGACUCACAUCUCUCUGAAGCGCACACGCGCCUGCACGUGUUUCCGCUGCCUGCUCACAUCGCUCCCUCCCACCCCAUCCCCCUCCACACAGAGCGCCUGUGGAGCCCCCGUGAGUAUGUUGAAUCACAACUCUCUGAAGCACACACGCGCCUGCACAUGUUCCGCUGCCUGCUCACAUCCCGCGGCAUAGAGGCUGCCCCCGUUGACAAUGCCUACGCACGCUCACAGCCCCCCUUCCCUGGCAGCUGCUAUCGUCAAUAA